AUGGCAUUCCUUCGACUCUAUCUUCGGAUCAAUAGUGACAAUACAUUUGCGACCAAAAGACACGUUUUGUUUGACGGAUCACAUGUUUGUCUCAAUGAUAUCGAUAUCCAUGUCUCACAUAUUCCUCGCAAAAAGCUUGCGAUGAUUGAGAUAUUUUUGCAACAUUUGAAGAGUUUAGGCUUUAUUAUUGGCAUCGAUUUUAAGGUCACAGAACUUCUUCAAUGGUUUAAAUUGGUAUUUGUGUCCACUUUUAAACUCGAAAGAAAUACCGAUAAUGCCAUCGAUUUUGCCCAAAGUAUUAGCGGCGCCCUAUGUCUGGAAGUGUUGCCAAUCAGUCAUUCCUGUUCCCCAAACAUGGCUUUUGUCCGCAAAGAUGGAUUGAUGGAAAUCCGUGCCAUUAAACCGAUAGCUAUGGGCGAAGAGUUGACAAUGACUUGGAUUGAGUUAUUCAUGGAUUGUGAGGAAAGACCUGAGAGACUGAAAGCUGGACUCAAUAUGUUUGGCUAUAAUUGUAAUAAAUGUAAACUACAUUUGGAUAAAGUCAUCGAUUUUCAAGAAUUUGAACAACUCUUGGAUAAAGAGACCAAACAUUGGAACUCUUCUAAGUUAGGGAUUCUUCACGCCUACGAAAUGGACCCCAAAUUCAUUCAAUAUUUGGAGGCUAUUUAUGGAGAGUUUCAUCCGUCGGUCACUUAUUUCUUGUUGGAGUCAUUCAUGUGUUUUGCAAACUCGAAGGAAGCCAGCGAUUCAUUGCUCAGACUUUGGUUCAAACGUAUUGAACGGCACGUAUUGGUCACCCAUGGAUCAGACCAUCCCUGAAUCUAG